ACCGAUCGGAGAUAUGCAACUUGAACUUUUCAAUCAAUCCUUAUUUGAAAGUGAAAAACAAUGUCCUUAUAAUGAACAUUUUAAUGCUACUAUUGGUUAUUCUUCAUCACCGGAUCAUAUCGAUGCACAAUUGAAUAUUUCUGAAUUUAUCGUUAUUGAUGAUGAUAAGAAGGAAAAUAUUAACCUGGAAGAAUAUAGAAAUAUUAAAGUAGGAGAAGAGAAAAAAAGACGUGAAACAAUUGCUCAAG